GCUUGGAUUACCUAUAUAGUUUCAGGCUAGACUGAGCCAGAGUGAGGCAAUCAAUCAAUAAAUAAUGAUAUAAUAAAAUCUCAGUCCCUACCUUGAUAUUCCCCAUGACUAUUUUAGGGCAUAUUUUCGUUCUUAUUACAUUUCACUUAGAAUUUUCGGUUUAUUUACUGACCAUCUUCUAUUCUCUACAAGAUAAGCCACAUCAGGGCAAGGCUAAAACAUUGCCUGUUUUAUUCACUGCAGCCUCCCCAUGUCUGGAUGAAUACCCAGCACUCUUCAUAUUCAAAUGAAAGAGAUUUUGCUCAAAAAAGACAGCAGCAGGUAAUUGAUUCCUAGUGAGCUCUCCGUAAGAAAGGAGCCCGUCCAACUCCAGAUAGGUCUCCUGUUAGGGAUCUCGGUGACAACCGACUAUGUUAGUUCAAAGCUGUAAAUGGGUGUAUGGACGGUACUAAAACAUAACACCACAAAUCCCGAGAAGCCUUGCCAUACCCGACCCUUUUUGUUUCCCACAGUGCUCCGCGCGGUGCAGGCGGUGUUACCGCCUUGUUGCGCCUUGGAAGUUUGAAUUAUACGACCCCCGCCCUCCCCAGUUGCCUGGGUUGUCGUUGGUUUGUUUCCGGAAACAGGGCCUCGGGAAGGUGGAACUUAAGGCUGGGGAGCCAAUGGUACAGGUUGUCAAUUGGCCAGCGAAUGGAAUUGACGUUUUCAUUAACUAAUGGGAAAUAGCGGCUGCCGAAGGGGCCCGCCUACAGAAGGGAAAGAAGGGAAGUGGCAGCCCAGGCAAUCGCGACUGGAAGGUGCUCGGGCCCCGGGACCAGUGGUGCCCAGACUUACCUUUGACCUUUUCCUGCCCACUUCCCGCCUUGGCUUGUGAAUCUUGCCUCCUCUAAGUUUUUCUGAUCCAGCGAAUUAGACCUGGACCCGAACCAUGUUCCCGGUAAAGGUGAAGGUGGAGAAAUCAGAGAUGGAGAUGGCCAAAGCCCGGAACCAGCUGGAUGCCGUUCUUCAGUGUCUCCUGGAGAAGAGUCACAUGGACAGGGAACGUCUGGAUGAAGACGCUGGGAAAACGCCCUCGGACACACACAACAAGGAUUGCUCCAUCGCUGCCACUGGCAAAAGGCCAUCUGCCCGCUUCCCCCACCAGCGGAGGAAGAAGAGGAGGGAGAUGGACGAUGGGCUGACUGAGGGGGGUCCUCAGAGAUCCAACACAUAUGUGAUCAAGCUGUUUGACCGGAGUGUGGAUCUGGCCCAGUUCAGUGAGAACACACCAUUGUACCCCAUCUGCCGUGCCUGGAUGCGCAACAGUCCCUCAGUGCGAGAGCGUGAGCGGUCACCCAGCUCACCACUGCCCCCUCUGCCUGAGGAUGAGGAGGGUUCAGAGGCCAUCAACAGCAAAAGUCGUGAUGUGUACAAGCUGCCUCCACCCACAGCCCCUGGACCACUUGGAGAUGCCUGCAGAUCCCGAAUUCCAUCCCCACUGCAGCCUGAGACCCAGGGUGCCCCUGACGAUGAACCCUCCGAGCCUGAACCUUCUCCUUCCACGCUCAUCUAUCGCAACAUGCAGCGCUGGAAACGCAUCCGCCAGAGAUGGAAGGAGGCAUCUCAUCGGAACCAGCUUCGUUACUCAGAAAGUAUGAAGAUCCUGCGGGAGAUGUAUGAUCGACAGUGAUGUUCCCAGUUCCCCCACCCCAAUAAACCUGCCCCCAACCCACACUGGCCAGCCCAUCCUUCCUGGCCCAGACAUGAGGCAAUUGACAA